GGACAGUACAACUCAAGGAGUUUUACCUGCGGUUAAGAUCAUAGCGCGCUCCUGAAAGAACUUCAAUGCGCAAUUGCAGCUCUUUUGAGAAUAAUCGCAAUGGGAGCCUCGCAGUCUGCGGGCACUGAACACGAGUUCCAAGAUAUGGCUGAUCGAACUGGAUUUUCCCUGGAGCAGAUUGGCAACAUCAACAAGAGAUUCAGACAGCUGAGUAACAAUGAGGAGACACUAAGUCGAGAGGAUUUGGCCAGCAUCCCUGCUCUAGAUAACAAUCCAAUCCGGGCUCAAAUUAUUAAUGCAUUCUUUGAUAAAAGAAACCUCCAUCAGAAUGAGACGGGUACAGUCCAGGAGAUUGGCUUUGAGGAGUUCCUUAUGGUGAUGACUCACUUCCGCCCAGCAGCCAUGGGCCUAACGGAGGAGGAGAGGGAGAACCUGAGGAGGGAGAAACUACGAUUUCUGUUCAACAUGCAUGACACAGACAGCGACGGCACCAUCAACCUGGAGGAGUACAGACGGGUGGUGGAGGAGCUCCUAUCUAAGGCUGGCACUAUCGGGCAGGAGACCGCCAAAGCCAUCGCAGACGCUGCCAUGCUGGAAGUGGCAAGCACUACAAGGGGCAAAAUGGAACCUGAUGAAUUCUAUGAAGGAAUCACUUUUGAAAAUUUUCUACAGAUUCUAAACACCUUCGAUAUUGAGACGAGGAUGCAUGUUCGCUUCUUAAACAUGGACACUGCAACCUUGCGAUGUGGAAAAUCUAAAUGAGCCUCGGUCUCCUUUAGAGACAUCGUUAUGGUACUGCUGUUUUUUGUUGAAUUAAUCUC